CUCUUUUCUGUUCACAAACCCCAGAAUCAUACAAUCUCUUCCUUAGCAGCGCUGUAACGGACUGUCUGAAAAUGUGGGACCUGCGUAGUGCAAGAUGUGUCCGUCGCUACGAGAGCCACGUGAACCGUUGUCAUCAGUGCACCGCUACCUUCUCACCCUGCGGUCGCUUCAUAGCUACUGGCUCAGAGGACCAUUCUGCUUAUAUAUAUGAUACACGCAGCAGCGGAUUUCUUCAUAAGCUCCAGAGACACUCCGAUACAGUUCUAAAUGUUGCGUUCAACCCUGCCAAUCCAGAGGGUUCUUUUGGGUUUUUUUCAGCAGGGUGGAAACCGAGUAGAAAUGAGAGAUGCAGGUUCCCUAGUACCUCCAUCCUCUCAAAUGAUCACGGGAUCACGGUGAGACGCAGCACGAGUCUCCACACCCCUCACCCGUCCCAGCGUGUCCUCGCCUCGGUCCCACUUCUCCAGCUCGACUCAACACAUCACUCAUACAGGCCUGUUACAGCCAUCAUACUGCUAUUUUAAUAAACACAGUCCUCAUGUUGAACGUUAGUCAUACGUAACCAGCGCCCACAAACGUCUUUGUUUCAUUCUGAUGUUUGUGCAAACGCUUUUGCCAACUGUGCUAAA